AUGACAGACAAAGUGUACCCAUCAGCCAAGCCAACCGCGGCACCGGCAGCAGUUAACGGCGGCGGUACUCCAGCAUUCCCAGCAAAUAAAGCGCAGCUUUACAAUACCACUCGUCCAGCCUACCGUCCGCGUCCCCCGGUGCGGCGGAGCCACCGCAGAGGCUGCUGCUGCUCUUGCUGCCUCUGGACGACUCUAGUGAUUCUUCUCCUCCUCCUGCUUGCCGCUAUCGCCGGCGCGGUAUUUUAUGUGCUCUACCGACCUUACCGACCUUCGUUCUCCGUGGCCUCUCUUCAGCUCUCCAAAUUCAACCUCACCGACACAGCUUUCACCUCCUCCUUCAACGUCACUCUCAUCGCGCGUAACCGUAAUAGCAAAAUUACCUUCCUCUACGACCAAAUCUCGGUGAAGAUACUCUCCGGCGAUGUUGACAUCGGCGACGGAUCUUUUCCUGGCUUCGCACACGGUAGAAAGAACGUCACUAGCUUGAGAACCGUCAUUUCGAGCUCCAAUUCUCCGUUUCCCGACGGAACCGAUAUUUCAGCGCUGAAAUCUAGCUUCAGGAGCAGGAAUUUGCCGCUUCAGAUUCAGUUGGAAACGAAAAUGAAGGCGCAAAUCGGGAAAAUCAAAACAAAGAAGCUCAAAAUCAGAGUUACUUGCGACGGAAUUAAGAUUUCAAUCCCCACUGGCAAAACGGCGACGACUGCGACGACUUCCAACCUGAAGUGCAAGGUCGAUCCGAGAAUUAAGAUCAUCAAUUGGACAGUUUGA